UAAAAUUGUAUUCUUAUUAAAUACAACUUUUCAAAAAAUUAGAGCAUAACUGUAUUAAAAGAGAAACCUUGUAAUAGCAACCUAACACAUGAAUUUCCUUUGACGUUGCCUAGCAACAGUAAAGCAAACACAGCAGUUUGGACUUUUGUUGACAUUAUAGUUGUCACAGUAGAUAUUUGGAGAUAUUUUAUAUAAUAUCCACCCACAUUUUUAUUCGUAUAAAGCCUAAGAAAAGAAGAAGAUUUUUAGUGAAGAAAGUGAUAAUAAAACAAAAAUCAUCAACUAAAUAUAUAAAAAAAUACCUCUAAAAUCUACCUUUUGAUUAAAAGUUUAACGUUGAUGCGAAUGGUGACUAAGAAACAGAUAAAGAAUACAUAAAUAUAAAAUAAGUGACAUGGCUUGUAAAGCAUCAUUCGAACUUCAUCACAACUUUCCCAAACUAGCUGAGGAAUCAGGAUUCACAUUUAACCAGCACAAGCCAAGAGUUCAUAUUAAUUGGAAUAAAAUAAAACUUAUUGACAUCGAAAAUUUAAUAAGAGACAGAAAAUUUGGUUUGGUCGAAGAGCAUAUCAAUGAUAUUUUAGACUGUGUGCUCGAAUCAGAAUUCGACGUGAGGAUACUAGAUGAUGGUGUUUUGAAGAUAUUUCGCCUAGCACAAUUGGCGGUCGAGUACCAGCAGUUCUGUCGCCAUUAUCUUGACCGUAGUGUUUUUAUUCUAAGAGAAGAAGUGACUAAUCUGCUACAGGAACUUGAUUCAACAAAAAAAAGUUUACGAGAAAAAGACGAGGAAAUCAGAAAAUUAAGGAGAAAAUCCAAACACUCAUUUCGAACUCCUUUGCCCUAUGGUAAUGAGAAUAUAGCCACAAUGAUUUUGAAAACUCUGAAUCAAAAUAAAGGUGAACUAUUUGCUUCUACGUCUCAAAUAGACUCAAUGCAAUAUAAUAAAUGUAAUUAUUGUGAAAAGGUGUUUCUUAAUCAACUAUAUUUAAAAAGCCAUAUUUCGAGACGACAUCCUAAUGUACUUGAAACGCCCCAACGAGAUACGAUUGAUGGAGAAGGUAAUAACAAAAAUAGUAAACUAGCUAACGAAGUUGAUGAACUAAGGACGAAGCUAAAACAUAUGGAAGAUCUUAUUGCAAGUAAAUAUAAUCCUAGCACCCAAUCAAUUUGUGAUGGCUCUUUACAUUCAAAUAUCACUAAAAAGAACACUGAAGUUAACAGUGAUAGCAAAUGCAAUAAGGAGAUGAAAGACGCUGAAGUUUCAACAAACGAUGAUGGAUAUAUACUUGAUAAAAUUGAAGAAUGGAAGAAAGAGGAACAUGAAAAAUACAACGAGGAAUUGAGUUCGUUGCGAAAACAAAUUAUAGAAAUCUUAAGUAAUAAGGAAAAACAGGAUAAUACGUCCACAAAUAAUGAUUUAAAAAUGAUGGAACAAUUGCAUACUACUAUAAAAGAACAAGGGACCGAAAUUUUUGCAUUGAAACAGGAACUAGUUAAAGAGGUAAAUAGAGAAAAGGAGAAAAAAACGAAGAUUGAGGAGCAAAUAGAAUUUUGGAUAAAACGAGCUGAAAUGCAAUCUAAUGAAUACAAAUCAUUAUUACAAAAGUUAAAUGAUGUAGCAAAUGAGGCCCAAGAAUUUCGAGAAAAGGCGAACAUAGAAAAAGAAAGAGCGAACCAAUUAGAAAAAAUAUUACGUAACCAUCUAUACAAAACAUCACCAAAACAUACCAAUGCGGUUAACAAACAGAAAGUCACAAAACAUCUUAAGGAAGGUAAUUCGAGGAGCGAAUUGAAGACUACAAAAGCCGAGCAACCUAUACCUUCAGCAGGUGAGAUGACUCUGAAAAAAUUGCAGCAAAAAGCCCAAGAACUACUUAAUAUUGAUCAAACAACCACUUCUGACAGUUCAAGUGCGAGCAAAGAGAAAAUUAAUAUUGAUGAAGCUAAAAAAGAAUCAGAUUAUGUAAAUAAUGUAAAAAAGGAAAAGAAAUAUGAUAAGAUAAAUCACGUAGACAUCAAGAAACCUAAGGCUAGAACUUCUUCCCCGCUUCAUAAUAAAUUGGGUCCAGCCAACAAUACUGAAAAGAAACAAUCAACUAUUAAGUCCAAAUCCGCAAUAAGUAAAACAUCAAAGAGAGGAAAUGGGUACGUUUAUAUUCCUGGGAGUCCACUUAAAAUUGUAAGGGCAAAAAUUACUGAAGAAGUGAAUCAUCGCUUAAUUUCUCUGGGAGUAGAUCCACUAAGCAGCAGAUUACCCCAACAUAUAUAUCAGAAACAACGGAAGCUAUUGCAAGAACAGCAUGAGUAUAAAUCCAAGAAAUGCCCUUCACGGAAUAAAGCUCUGCAUUCAGUCAUGUGCUAUUUGGAUCAAAAAACGAGUAGUACAAACUCAAUUCCACAAAGUGAUUACUUGUCGCCAAAUAAAGCUCGUAAGACUUUCAGUAUUUCUUCAGUUUUAUCAAAUGUUAAAACAAAGGCUUUAUCACUUGUUAAAUCUAAUGAGCCAACUUAUAAACCGAACAAGUCUUACGAUGAUGUAGCAAAAAAAGCAAUGGCUUUGCUGAAAACUCCUCCAGGAUCUGCUCAUUCUAGCCCUAUAUUGUUAAAAAGUACUACUACUACUAACAAUUUACCUGAAAAGAAGAAGCGUUAUGAUUUUAAAACAAAGAAUCCUAAAUAUCAGUCUUCCAAAAUGAAAAAGAAGAACCAUCUAGUAGAAAAUAAUCAGAUAACUGAUUCUAGCCACGAAAGUGAUUCUGUAAAUGAUGACUUUGAUAAACAACAGCAAUCUACAAUAACUAAUAAAGAUUACAAUACCUCUCCUGACCAUAAUUCCAUAGAUAAUGCCGAUAGCCGUUACUCUGCGAAUCAAAAACGAAAUACUUUUCAUGGAAAUGGUUUAAAACCUGAAGCAAUAAAUGUAAUAACGAAAUCAUUUUUAGAAAAUAAAGACAAUAGCAGUGACGAUGUAGAAUCUAUAGUUGAUAUUUCGCCAAGAAAGUUUUUAUCUGAAGAAAAUCUCAGUAAUCUGAAACAAACAAAAGGAGUUUUGAAAAAUGCUUCUUCAACGUCUUCUCUUAAUAAGAAAAAGGUUUUAUUUGACAUGGAUGCGAUACAAAUGAAGUCAGUGAGUGCAUCUCCAUCGCAAAGUAUCACAGAGAAAAGUGACAUAAUCAAAAAAAUUGAAUCGAGUUUAACAAAUUUAGAGUCUGAAGAGUGGGAUAUAUCUAGCAUAGAAAACGAACCCAUCAAAAAUACUGGAAGCAAUAUUAAAAUUACUGCUCAUACAAGUCCGAAAAUUGCAGAAUUAAAAAAGUCUAUAGAAUCACAACUAACCCGACGCAACCCAACUCUUUCCACUGCUCUAGUAGGAGGAGUUGAUGUUUUAGCUGCUCCAAUGCAAAAAGCAACUAGCCAUGGGGGCAGUAACACAAGUCUUGGCAGUUCAAUUCUAGACGAUACAGACAGCGGACCUGUGCCAGAUCAUACAAUCAUCAAACCCAGAACAGCAUUUGGAAAAGACGACAGCGAACUAGAUAUAUCAUAUUUAAUUGACGAUAAAAUAGGGCAUAAAUAAUUUUAUCUAGUAGAAUACUUAUCCUAAUUUAAGUGAAACAAUAUACCUAAGUGUGUA